AGGGAAGUCCACAUUUUGCAUGCUUUCCUUUGCCAAUAUAGUACUUUUUUAAAAAUCAACUUUACGUUAGCAUCACAGGACUAAUGUGUGGCAUCUAGAAUUAUUUUGGUAGAGUAUUGUCUGUAGAUAAUUUAGCAUGUUUACGGUUAUUGCGUUGUUUUUUGUUGUUGUUUGUACACUGGGUGAUUCGGCCUUGAGGUUAGCCUUAGCACUAGCUAGCAGAUAGAGAAGAUAUGGGCAGAAAGACAGUGACAUGCAGGGAACCGAGGGGGCGUUAGGAGGUCCUGAUGUCAGAAGGAGGAUACCCAUCAAGCUUCUUCCUAAACAGGCUAGAAAAAGCUUUGCCUACAAGCAGGAGGAGAGGUUUGACUGUGGGGUAAAGGCCGGAGAUGCUUACGCUAGCCAGCGGCGAUAUCCCCAGCCGUUGUUUUGGGAUUAUAAGCUUAAUCUGAUCGGUGAAAGAGAUGAAACUCCUAUCCAUUUUUGUGACAAGUGUGGUCUUCCCAUUAAGACUUAUGGACGCAUGAUUCCAUGUAAGCAUGUUUUCUGCUAUGAAUGUGCAGUACUUCAUGAAAGGAAAGGUGAUAAAAUGUGUCCCGGUUUGUCACUGUACAGCUGUACGGACCCAGUUCAGCGGAUUGAGCAGUGCCAGCGUGGUUCCCUCUUCAUGUGCAGCAUCGUUCAGGGUUGUAAACGCACCUACCUGUCACAGAGAGACUUGCAGGCCCACAUCAACCACCGCCACAUGAGGGCGAGCAAGACUUCAGCAGGCCGCUCUGACCCUCACCACCUUCCUGUCUCUGAAGUUUCAGAACGUUUCCGUGUGCCCCCUGCUCACAUGUCUAAACCCCAUGUGCUCAUCCCUCCUCCUCUGCCACAUGCCACUCAUGACCCUUACACUCAGCCACCUCCUGCAUCUCACGAUGACCUCCGACCUCCUCCUGGCCAGGCUCCUACACCUGACAUGGGGCCUCCUCGCUCUCUCGCCCAAGAGACGUUCCGCAUUACUACAGUGACCACACGGAAGCACAGCAACCUCAUCACCGUCCCCAUUCAGGACGAUUCAGCAAGCUCCGCCUCCCGUGAGCCUGUGAACGCCCCUCCACAUCACCAUCCAGGAGAAUAUCCAGGGCAGCCUGUGGUUUCGCACCCACACCACAUGAUGGCUCCACCUCAGCAGCGCUACGGGCCUCCACCCCCUCCACCCCCAAUCACUCAUCCAAUGCAGCAUCCAGCACAGGUCUUCAGCCAAGCCCCACCUCCACCUUUAUCCUCAGUUCCUCCUCCUAUCACCCCUCCUCCUGGACACCUCAUGAGUCAGAUGCCACCGUACAUGAACCAUCCUCCACCUGGCCCUCCUCCUCAACACGCAGGUCCAGUAAAUGCCCCACCACCCCACCAUUACAAUCCUCAGUUCUCUGAGGAUAAAGGUACCCUCAGCCCACCAUUCAACCAACCAGGAGGACUCAGUCCUGGGAUGUGGCCCGCUCCCAGAGGACCUCCCCCACCCAGAAUGCAAGGUCCUCCUCCGCAGGGACAGAUGCCUGGACCUCAUCACCCAGACCAGGGCCGAUACAGACCCUAUUACCAGUAGAAUGAUUUUAUUGGUAGCUUUGAACAUUGAUCUCAUAGUGAGUCUGUGGUAGGGUUCGGAAGACUGUAUAGUUGAGUUAGAGUAUAAAAUAGUACUGCAUAUGUUUGAAGACUUUGCAAUUAAUUUCAGAUAUUAGACUAUAUACCUUUAAUUAAGGCCAAUAUUUUGGAUUUCAAAAAAAGUAUUUGGCAAUAUUUUUAAAAAAUUUUGUCAAAUGUGUUGCUUCAUGAAUGUAAUACAAAUUAAAUAUUCAAUAAGGAUUGA